UAAAAACACACACACACAAUCUUCAUCUACAAUCAACCGUUUACCAUAAAGCCAACCACCAGCUUCACGACGGCGAUGCAGGGCUCAACCAUCCAUUAUUGGCUCGUGGAGCACCCAAUAGUGAGCCAAUUCGAAUGGAAACAAGGAAUCACAUUUGGGUCUUCGCCCCUGUUUCUCAAACUCUCACUCCUAACCUAUCUUACUCUGACCUUCAUCCUCCACCGCUUCCCGGUUCCGCCGCCGUUCCGCCCCGCCACCCUCCGCUUCAUCACCGCCGUCCACAGCCUAUUCCUCUGUAUCCUCUCCGUAAUCAUGGCCGCAGGCUGCAUCCUCUCCACCCUACACCACAUCCAGAUGCGCGGCAAUGAUUGGACAUGGGCCGUCUGCUUCCCGGCCGACCGGACCCCUCCCCGUGGGCCGACGUUCUUCUGGGCCCAGAUUUUCUACUUGUCCAAACUCCUCGAAUUCAUCGAUACGCUAUUGAUUCUACUCAGCUCGUCCCGAUCACGGCGGCUGUCGUUCCUGCACGUGUACCACCACACGGUGGUGGUGAUCAUGUGUUACCUCUGGCUUUCCACGUCGCAGACGCUUUUUCCGGUGGGAUUGGUGACCAACGCCUCGGUUCACAUCGUGAUGUACGCUUAUUAUAUGUUGAGUGCGCUGGGAAUCCGGCCACGGUGGAAGAGGUUUGUGACGAAUUUCCAGAUCUUCCAGUUCGUUUUCGGGUUCGCCAUAUCCGGGUUGAUGCUGUAUUACCAUUUCACGGGAUCGGGUUGCUCUGGGAUGCCCGGCUGGUGCUUCAACACCAUUUUCAAUGGCACGCUUUUGGCCCUUUUUCUUGAUUUUCAUUCCAAGAAUUAUGGCAAGGAGAGCAGCAAAAUGGCUUGAGAAUUGAAAAUCGUCACUAGUAAUUUGAACGUAAUCGAGCGUGGGGUUUGGCGGGCAAAAAGAUCAUAAACAUAUAUCGUUUUUUUAUUACUCCCUCCGUCCCAUAAUUAUGGUCAAGUUUGGAUUUUUAUUUUUAGUUCAAAUUAUACUAAAAGUCAAAUCUCAAACUAGACAAUAAUUUUAGGACGGAAGGAGUAAUUUCAAAAUAUUAUUUACUGUUAUUAUUGGUUGUACGUAUUUGAAAAUGCAAGAAGGCAACACAUGUAGUAUAACGAAAGUAAAAUGGUGACUUUACAGCUUUACCUGUAAACAAUUUUCAAAUUUAGUAAGUAUCAAAUAUGGAUGGAGAUGAAUUAACUAACUGAAUUGCCUAUAGUGUCGCAAGGAUUUAUGAUGAAUCUUCUUAUAUCACUAAGAAUGUAAACAAUUGGAUUUAUUUAGUGAACGAUGCAGUCAGUGUAUGUGGCACACUCGUUAACUACUCGUAUUGUGUUUAUAAAAGUAAAUAUACCAAUCGUCUUGUGUCCCGUUUUUAUAGUGUC